GGCUUGUGUUUCCAUCCAGUCUCAGCCUGUGGUGAAGCUGGUCAGCCAUGAGGAUCUAUUAUCUCCUGUUUGCGCUGUUCUUCUUGUUUGUGAUGCCUGUUCCAGGUACUGGAUGGAUCAUAAGAUCCAUACAAAGAUAUUUUUGCCAAACAAGAGGCGGCCGGUGCGCCAUAUUUAGCUGCCUUCCCAGGGAGGAACAGAUUGGCCACUGCUCAAUAAGAGGCCAAAAAUGUUGCCGAAGAAUUUUUAAAAAUCCGAAAACAUGAUGAGAAUGCUGUAAAGUGCGAAAAUGUUUUCUUGAAGUUUAUACAUGUAAAAUCAA